UAUUAUAUAGUUGAGCGAUGUUGAGCGGUCGGCGGUCGGCCAUCUGCUGAUGUUGCAGCCAAAGCCACGUCAUAUUUUGUAUGGUUUGUGAGUUAGGUGUGUGAAGUAUUUCUCGGCUUUCUUAUAAAAAUUAUUUCUCAAAAACCGAAAACAUGAACAUAUUUCGACUACUAGGUGACUCAUCGCAUCUUCUUGCGAUCAUAAUUCUUCUUCUCAAAAUAUGGAAAACGCGGAGCUGUGCCGGUAUCAGUGGCAAAUCACAAAUUUUAUUUGCAUUUGUAUAUACAACUCGUUAUUUAGACUUGCUAACAACAUAUAUUUCAAGUUAUAAUACAUUUAUGAAAAUUAUUUUUAUUGCAACGUCAUAUGCUACAGUUUUCUUAAUGUAUGUGAAAUUUAAAGCUACAUACGAUCAUAAUCAUGAUACAUUUAGAAUUGAAUUCUUAAUUCUUCCAACUUUGGUAUUGGCAUUAUUAAUCAAUCACGAAUUCACGGUUGUGGAAAUUUUAUGGACAUUCAGCAUUUACUUGGAGUCUGUAGCGAUAUUGCCACAAUUGUUCAUGGUAUCGAAAACAGGCGAAGCAGAAAGUAUCACAAGUCAUUAUCUUUUUGCUUUGGGAUCAUAUAGAGGCCUGUAUCUGCUUAACUGGGUCUACCGUUACUAUGCAGAAUACCAUUAUGACUUAAUUGCUAUUGUUGCUGGUUUAGUACAAACUGUUCUUUAUUGUGAUUUCUUUUACCUUUAUAUUACCAAAGUACUCAAAGGCAAGAAGCUACAACUACCGGCUUAGCCACAUAAGUAUUAGCUUUUGGAAACUGUACUGCUCCUUUGAGUAAUGUUAAUAUUGAUUGAGUUGUAUGAAUUUUGGCAAUAUUUAAGAAAAAUCGAGGAAUGCUCGUGUACAAAGUAUACAUUUUAUUAAGCAUAUAGCAUUCCAAUUUCUUAAACUUUCAAUGUCACUAAACAUCCGUAAAUAAUUUUUCAUCUUGAUUCCAUCUGUAUACAAUUAAUUUUCAGAAUGUUAUCGUGAUCUUGUUUGCCGGCAUAUUAGAUUUUUCACGGACUUUAUUGCGAUAAAGUAGCUGCCCAUUUUAUAAUUUAAUGAGUGAUAUGUUAAAUAUAAAAUAAUUGGAAAUGAA